AUGGGGAUGGCCAUUCCAGAAGAAGAGUACGGGGAGUCUGAAGCUGCAGGUCUCAUAGGGCAUACAUCCCUGUGCACGGGACUCUCUGGCCUGCCCGGGGUCCUGACCCUCUGCCCUUCUCCGGCCCAGGUUCUUCUGCUGGAAGCAGCAGGGCAGCCCGCAGGCCCGGGCAAUGACCUGCCGGCCCCCCAGAGCACCCUACCGCCCUGGAACGAGGACUUCCUCCCUGAUGCCAUCCCGCUCGCCCACCCAGGGCCCCGAAGGAGAAGGCCCACGGGCCCAGCGGGGCCCCCAGGGCAGACGGGACCGCCAGGGCCUGCAGGUCCCCCAGGCUCCAAAGGUGACCGGGGCCAGGCAGGAGAGAAGGGCCCAGCAGGGCCUCCUGGCCUCUUGGGGCCGCCAGGGCCCCGCGGGCUUCCUGGAGAGACGGGGCGCCCCGGGCCCCCCGGCCCCCCUGGCCCAGCGGGCAGCCCGGGCUUCCCUCCGAACGGCCCCCAGGGCGUCCUCUACUCCCUGCAGCCACCGACGGACAAGGGCGACGGAGACUCACAGCCGGCCUCUGCAGCCGUGGACACAGUGCUGGCCGGCGUCCCGGGGCCCCGGGGCCCCCCUGGCCCUCCAGGUCCCCCUGGACCACAUGGUCCCCCAGGACCCCCAGGUGUCCCUGGAUCCCAGGGCCUGGCCGGAGAGCGGGGCGUGACGGGACCGGCUGGCGAGCCUGGCGGGAAGGGGCAAGAGGAGGACAAAGCUGCUGCAGAGGGUGAGGGGGUACAGCAGCUGCGGGAGGCCCUGAAGAUCCUGGCAGAGAGAGUCCUCAUCCUGGAGCACAUGAUUGGGAUCCAUGAUCCCCUGGCCUCCCCCGAGGGGGGCUCUGGCCAAGAUGCUGCCCUGAGAGCCAACCUGAAGAUGAAGCGUGGUGGCUCCCCGCCUGACGGUGCGCUCGCUGCCCUGCUCGGCCCCGACCCCGGGCAGAGGAGGGCUGGCCAGGCCGGUGGCGGCAAGUGAGAGGCCAGCUCUUCAGGACAAGCCCCAGCCCUGCCAGAGAGCCAGCCCAGAGGCCUGUGUUGCCCGGCUGGCUCCUAGACACCCCAAGUGGGCCUGGGCUCCGGACACCGACGAUCAUGAGGGACACUGGCCCCCAGGGCCUGGGGGGACUUGGGGACAGAUGGCAGCUCCAGAGGCAGGGUCCAGAGGGCCCCAGCACCCUUGGCAGAGCCCUUUGCUGGUCCCUGCCCUCCCCACCCUCACUUUCUGCAGGAGACAGGAUCUGGGUGGGCUGGGCAGGGCCUGAGAAUAAUCCUAAUACUCAUCAUUUACUGAGUCUGGGCCUGUCCAAGGAGCUUUCCCUGCACCGUCUCAUUUAACCCUUAGGAGGUAGGCUUGAUAUCCCCACUUUCCACGGGAGGAUGGAGGCCUGGCGAGUAUAAAUAACCUGCCGAGGCCACGGGACCAGGGACAGCUGGGGCAGGAUUUGAACCCCGGCCUCCCGGUUCCUUAACCCUAGACCGUGCCAGGUUCCUGCCUUCACGGAGAAACUCAGGGUGGGCGCAGGGCUGGAGGGGAAGGGGGCUGGACCAGCCAGCAGGGAAGGAAGGCAGGGUCCUGGGCCUCCUUCCUCAACCCCCGACCCUGGGCUUGGGGUCUGCUCCAGGGUCUGGCAGCGCCAGGGAGACCCUGAAUAAACCCGGGACGCUCCCACGGACUUGGGGAUAGUGAGGGAGGGGCCCUGGGGUGCAGGGCCCUUCCAACCAAACCGGCACCACCCACCGCUGCCUCCCAGGCUCAACCCACCCAGCCCAGCAGGGCCCUCCUGCCCCUGAGCCCAGAGGAGGGAGUAUUUCCUGGGACGGCAGCUCUGCCCUCUCUGGGAAUCUCUAGGGUCGGCCAUUUCUGCAGCAUACGGCAAGUCCCGCGUCCCCUUGACCACCUAGAGACAGGACAUUGUCCGAGUCCCGGGCCCCGUCGGGAGAGACGCUGCCCCCUUCAGGGCCGUGGGCCCAGGCGGCAGGCUCCAGAGCAGACGCCCGGGGCCGGGGAUCCCAGAGCAGCUCAGACCACAGCCCUCAAGGCCUCUCAGGCCAUGGGUCCCCUGUGACCCGGACCGGCCCUGGUGCUCCUCUCUUGCUGGGCCAGGACCCAGUCUCAGCCGCUGACUCGGAGGUUUGGGUGCCACCCCGAGUGGUGUCUCCUCUCAGGGCAGGAUCCGUCUGUCCCCAGCGUCCUUGGUGCUCCCCGGGAGGUUGUGGUCAGGCCCCGGCCACCUCCCCCUGCCUGGGGGCCGAGGUGCGGCAGUCAGAGGCGGGCGGGAAGUCUGCAAUUCUCUGACAAUAAAGGUGCUGUCCCCCCCCUC